AUGGAACAAGUGAUUGCAUUAAGUACACAAAAUCCAUUGUCUUUAUUGGUUAAAUUUGGUAUGAUGGCUUGGAACAACAGUUGUGGUAUUGAAAAUUGUUCUGGUCAUGGAGAAUGUCAUAAUGGAACAUGCUUAUGUGAGAUCCAAUUUGAUGGACCAGAAUGUCAUAUUCCAAAUUUAAGUUAUUAUAUUGCCUUUGCUACAAUGUUCUUCAUAUUAGCUUUUGUUUGUUUAAUACAACUUGUUAUGUGCAUUGUUGCUGAAUGGCAAAGAAUGAAGGCACCAUCUUUCUUAAGAGCAUGCAGGGUUACUACUCAGAAAGUAUUAUACUUCGUAGUUUUUCUUGCAUCAGUUAUACGAGGUGCAUACUUUACAUCACCGACUGCUUUCAAGGAAGGUUGGUCUAGAAGUUUACUGUCAGCAUAUUAUCCACUGCUCUUGAGUGGAUCUUCGUUGAUAGUCUGUUUUUGGGCUGAAGUUGUUCAUCUGAGAGAUAUUCGAUGGGACAAGCCUCAGUUUCUGUCAAAAUCAUUUUUGGCUUUUGUUGUUUUCAACAUAAUAACGUAUUCCCUUUUAUUUGCGGACUUUAUCACAGCUCAGAUGUAUUCGCAAAAAGACCAAAGUUUCUAUACACAUGUGUUCAAUGGUUGUUACGCAGUGCUGCUGUUUAUAGUAGUAGUCUUCUUCUUAAUAUACGGAGUUGAAGUAUUUUUUAAAAUUCGUGGUGGAUUCUUAAAUGAAUACCAAGUUACUUCUAUAGCAACAAAUAAACGUACAGCUGAUGAGACCAAAAUUCAUCCUGAAGAACAAGUAACUGCAAAAUUAUUUGAUUCAGCUCCAUCUACAUCUACGUCAGAGCCUUUGCAUAUGCAACAAGUGAACAUGUCUCAAUUGCAUCAAUCUAGAUUUGGGUUACUUUCACAAGCAUUUAUGUUGUUUAUAAUAGUUGGUUUUCUAUUUAGUGAGACUCUCAGUGAAUUUUGGAAAACGAAGGUACCACUAUAUAGCAGGAAUUGGCAUGAUGUUGUGUUCCGUGUUAUUGAAGUUGGUGUAGCAUUAUGGUUUCCCUGUGUUUUAUGGAAUUGUAUGAGUCCAGAGCAAUUAUGGAUUUUAAAUCCAAAGCGAAUUUUGAAAAGGUUGGAUCUGGAUCAGGGAAAGAAUAUAAAGGAGAUAGAAUUGCAAGAAAAGGGUGCAUCUCAAGACACUGCAUUUCUUACGGAUGCAUCAUCAAUUAACAGUAAAGAUUGUUGGAUUUGUUAUGACAGUGACAGGCAGGAUGCUGGUCCAUUAAUACAACCAUGCCAAUGUAGAGGUGAUGUAAGCGCUGUACAUCAUGAUUGUCUUCGUCGUUGGCUAGUUGAGAGUUCUGUAAAUGCUGACAGUCUUACUUGCAAAGUUUGUGGUACGAACUAUAAUGUUGAACAUGCGAGCCGACUGGAUUGGCAGAAUGGCUUGACGCCACGUCACUGCUUACAAACUAUCGCUAUUGUUACGAUAAUGUGUGCAUCUUCUGCUGCUUCGUGGAUAAUUAUUCAACUUGUAGAGGCGCCCAUUAUUAGAACUCUUGCUGCCGCUGCCGCAUUGCUGAUCAUAUACGUUUGUAUAAGAUUUUUGGGUUUAAACACCGUUGUAGCGUAUCAACGGGCUAAAAUAUCAUCGUUGAAUAUUGUUAAUAGUGGUAGUGACAGCAGUGGGAGUAGUGCACACGUUGCGACAAUUAGUCAUACGAUUUCCGUAGAUCUAACGAAAUCGGACAUGGCUACGAUAUAAUCUACACUUGCCAUUGUUUUGCAAAACAGGUAUCUUCUAGAAUUAAUGAUAUUUGGACACACCCGGAUAUCCGCUCAUUGCUUGAAAUAUACGGGUAAUACUAAGUGUUGUUAAAUGAAUCCGCUUCUCGAACAUGCGAAUUGAAUAUAAUAUGAAUAUGUAGAUCUAUUACUUAAAGAUCUGUGUAAAGUGCUGUGUAUAGUGCUCCUAAAAAAGAUUAUUUACAAAUUUUUGAAAAAUUAAUCUAUUCAGAAUUGAUUUAUUUAUUCUCUAGUGACAUUUGGAAGAAUUCUUCUAUUGGACAAGAUAAAUGCAUUUUGAAACUUCCAUAAAAUUAAUGGACAACCUUUUGUCCACGAUCGUAUAUUACUUUCUAAUAUUUUUGGUGCGUGUGCGCAGAAGAGCUCAUUUAACACUACCCGUGCUACUGAAUUAUCUGUAUUACCUGUAUUACUCCUAUAUUGCUCAGAUAUUCACAUUACUGAUAUUACUCGCGAAUAAUUAAUAAUA